AUGGCGCGCGCUUUCUUAUUGGGAUAUGCGGAAGAAGAACGUAGACGUAAUAUUCUACGAAUUGAAAGACGCCGUCUGCGCGACGCUAGUGAUCCAUUGCAGUUGCCAGAGAGAGAGUUCAUUGGACAUUUUCGUUUAACAAAACUUGGAUUCCAACAGGUUUUGGUGGAACUUAGUCCUCGUCUACCAAUAGUUAGACGAAAUACAGGUGUUUGCAAUGAACUCAAAAUUUUAGCAGCAUUAAAUUUUUAUGCGAAUGGAUCCUAUCAACGGAAUGUAGGUGCAUCAUUUCUACUGAACAUGUCGCAACCAACAUUUAGUAAAUGUCUACAUGAGGGAACUGGUGCACUCAAUACCUGCGAAAUCCUUAGGAAGUACAUAAAGUUUCCUAUGACACAGCAUGAAAGGAAAAUAAUUAUGAAAGAUUUUAUGAAGAAAUUUGAAUUUCCAGGUGUUAUAGGUUGCAUUGAUGGUACACAUGUGGCUUUAAUCCGUCCUAAGGAGCAUGAGGAGACCUAUUUUAAUAGAAAGAAUUACCAUUCUUUGAAUGUUUUAGUAUGCCUCGUCAUUGUUAAAGAGGCACUGUGUCACUUUCGGGGUGCGCGAGUUUGUCCUCUUCAGCACGGACAAUGCAGCAUCCGCGACUUCCUGCUCCGCACGAAGCUGCAUCUCCUGUCUCUUGGCCUCGUUAAGGGCCUUUUUUGCCUCCGC